AUGGCGAAUUUUACGACAACACAAGCAUAUGAAAGUUCAUCUGAAUCGGAUAAUGAAAUGAAAGUUGAUCAAUCACAUAUUCAAAGAAAACCGAUCGCUCGACGAAGUGUUCGUUGGGUUAAAGAAAAAGUUUAUUCGGAUGCUAACGAUGCUCAAAAUGCAAUUAAACAAGAGAAGCGGUGGAGUAAAUAUUACACCAACAAAAGUCGUGAUGGAAUAAAAGUGCAUUAUCGCUGUAAUCAGGUGCCAUUUCGCGGCAAGCAAUGCGAUGCAGCAAUACAUCUCUAUUACCCAAAUGAUAGCAGUGAAGUAUUAUUGUUUCAUACAGACAGUGAACACGAUCACGCAAAUUUAACUCAGCGCAAAUGUUUUUCUGAAGAACUUAAACAGCAUAUUGAUGAAUUAUUUGAUUUAAAACUGAAGCCGAAGAAAAUAUAUGAAGUUUUACAAGAAAAAAAAAUUAUGAUUACAUCUAAUCAAUUGAAAAAUUAUUUGAUGCAACUGCGUAAAAAGAAAUAUGGUGCUUCAACUAUAAACUUAGGAAACUUAGAAAAUUUAUGUGCUGAAAACUCUACAGUACCACAAUCUGAAGAUGAAACGUUUGUUCUUUCUUACCAUGUGCAAUAUGAAGAUGAUAUUGAUGAUAACGAGGACGCAAUGGAUGGUGAAAAUAAAUUUAGAUUUUUUAUAACAACGAAAAGGUUAUUGGAAAUCGCUUCUAUUUCAACACGAAUACAUGCAGACGCCACAUACAAACUCAAUUGGCAAGGAUUUCCUGUAUUGAUAAUAGGAGCAACUGAUUCUGAUAGAAAAUUGCAUCCACUUGGAUUGGCAGUUUGUAGUAAUGAACAACAACAAGAUUUCGAAUUUAUUUUCAAAAGCAUUUCCAACGGUGUUGACCAAAUAGUUCAACCGAAAUUCAUGCCUGAAGUUUUAAUAGCUGAUGGUGCUGAUGCCAUACGGAAUGCACUUAAGACAACAUUUAACAAUGAUAAAAUUGUGAUGUACUGGACGCAUAUGCGACGAUAUGUUGAUAAAAAGUUAAGUAAUGUUAGUUUCAGACAAGAAAUAUUAGAUGACAUCGACAAAUUACAAUUAUGUGAAUCAGAAAAAGUCUUUAACAAAGCAUUAUCAUUGUUUGUUAAGAAAUGGAGCCAAAGAGAACAUGACUUUUUACAAUACUUCGAAAACGAAUGGUUGAAAACUUUUUCUUCUUGGUAUGAAGGAUACAAUUACUUCAUACCUAGCACUAACAAUUCAUUAGAGGCAACCAACAGAGUGAUCAAAGAUGAACACACGUUUAGAGAACGACAUCCAUUAUCAAGAUUUUUUGUAAUAGCCAAUGACAUCGUACGUAGAUGGUCUAAAUCUCGGGAUCCAAACCAAAUAGAUCCAAUUAUUUGUUCAUCAGAGCCAACAAUUACAUUAAAAAAAUGA